CAAACAAACAAAAAAACAGAGAAAAAACCCUAAAGAAGAUCGAAUAGGUAAGAAUAAGAUGGAGCAACUUUGGAGAGAUGAUGAUUGGAUUGUGGACGAGUCUUCGUUGUCGAAGGUCUCUUCUCUUGGCGGAGGCAGCUUCGGUCGCGUCUCUCUCGAGAAGGACUCUAACUCCGGCCGACUCUACGCAAAGAAGUCAUCGCGGAUGCAUCUCCAAAAGAUUCUCGAGAAGGAGCUCAGGAUCAUGCAUCGUUUCCGCAAUCAUCCUCGCAUCGUCCAAGCUUCAAACAAGCUUCACUUUCAAACAAAACCCUAUGAAUAUUGCAACAUUUUUAUGGAGUACGCCUCCAAAGGUAAUCUCUAUAAGAUUUUAUCUGGUUUCCCCGACAAAUCACAGCCCAUACCAGAGUCUUUGGUCAGUCGCGCGGCUCGUAUGAUCCUAGAAGGACUCGUGGCUCUUCACUCCCAUGGUUACGUUCACUGCGACCUCAAGCCAUCCAACGUUCUCGUCUUCCCUUCCACAACUCCUGGAGAGCCGUGGGAUCUCAAGCUUGCUGAUUUCGGAUCAUCCAAGGAACCUGAUUCUGAAUAUGAUUUUAUGUCCCUUGGUACGGCUCAGUACAUACCAUCAGAGUCUUUUGGUCCAAACGGACUGAUCAAUCCGGGACAUAUCGAUCCGCGCCUUGAUAUAUAUGCUCUAGGGUGUGUGGUUUAUGAGAUGUUUGGAGCUUUACCUAAGCAGGAGUACUUUGAAUAUUAUUACGAUUGGAUAUUGCAUCGAGAAAUCUCUCCAGAGGCUCAAGAUUUCUUGAGGCGGUGCCAUGACAUGCAUCCACACAGGCCCUCCGCGACACAGCUCUUGAACCAUUCUUUCAUUACGCAGAGACUUCCAUGGCCAACCACAGAAGACGACAAGGAGAUAUCAGCUAGGUUGUUGAUUCCAAGUGUCUCCAAGCUUCUUUUGACCUGAUCUUCUUAUUCCUCUCUAUCUCUCUUUGUGUAAAUAAACUGAUCUAGAAAAACUGGACAGCUAGUGAACUGCUAUGGCAAAACCUAUCCAAGAUGUACUAAGGAUCAGUUUGACCUUGGGAACUCGUUAAACUGGGUGCGUCUUUAGUUUGUUCUUUCAGUUCAGACAAACGAGAGUCGUGAGAGAUGUUAGAUAAUGUGAUCGAGAGCAAAGUAACAAAGUGUUCAUGAUAAGAUUAUGAGAGCGAUUUCUCUACACCAAGACUUCCAUCUGGUGAUUUCAUCAAUUUACAUACGGCGGAGAAAGAUCUUAUCUUAUUUAACAGUGUACUUUAAUUAGGUUUAUUGGUUGGCUUUGUUUCGUUACUUGCAUAACAAGAAGGUAAUCCUCUAGUCAAUUUAUCUAUUUGUUACUUUUAACUUCAAGUAGAGAUGUCACAGUGUGCGUGUGCUUUAUUCAGUACUUCACGUUUAAGUGGAGUAUUCCAAUUUUGGUACAUUUAAG